CCUCACCCCCCACGCUCACUGACUCAGUGGUGCCCCCUCUCCUCCCCCGCCCCCGGCCUGGUGUAGAUCAUGCCGCCAGUGGCGGCCCUGACUGCCGAGGAAACGGUAGCCUAGGACAGUUGGCUGUUACGUGACACUGGUUCUCCCCGCGCCGCCUGACCCCUAAGACACAGGCACGUCCCCCGCCGCGUGAGGGGGUGGGGGAGUGGGCAGAGAACUCGGAUCCACCUGGGAGGGGGGAGUGGAAGUUCCCGCCCCGGACAGCGGCGAGGCGGCAGCCACAGUUGAUUAUGGAAGAUUCCCACAAGAGUAACACUUCAGAGGCAGCACCGCAACCUGGUUCAACAGUUCAGGGAGCUCAUAUUUCUCAUAUUGCUCAACAGAUGGCAUUAAGAGGAUCUGCGCCAGUGACAAUUAUACCUCUUCCUGGAGAGCAAGUACAGGUUCAGGGGGUCAUCCAGACAGCUCAGUCUUCUGUAAUUCACCCACCACACGUGCAAACGGUAUCAUCUUUAUCAGAAAGUGAGGAGUCUCAGGACUCAUCAGACAGCAUAGGCUCCUCACAGAAAGCCCACGGGAUUCUAGCACGGCGCCCAUCUUACAGAAAAAUUUUGAAAGAUCUAUCUUCUGAAGAUACACGGGGCAGAAAAGGAGACGGAGAAAACCCUGGCGUUUCUGCUGUCACUUCUAUGUCCGUUCCGACUCCCAUCUAUCAAACUAGCAGUGGACAGUACAUUGCCAUUGCCCCAAAUGGAGCCUUACAACUGGCCAGUCCAGGCACAGAUGGAGUACAGGGACUUCAAACAUUAACCAUGACAAAUUCAGGCAGUACUCAGCAAGGUACAACAAUUCUCCAGUAUGCACAGACCUCUGAUGGACAGCAAAUACUUGUGCCCAGCAACCAAGUGGUUGUACAAACUGCAUCAGGAGAUAUGCAGACUUAUCAGAUCCGUACCACACCUUCAGCUACUUCACUACCACAAACUGUGGUGAUGACUUCCCCUGUGACUCUAACAUCUCAGACAACUAAAACAGAUGACCCCCAACUGAAAAGAGAAAUAAGGUUGAUGAAAAACAGAGAAGCUGCUCGAGAAUGUCGCAGAAAGAAGAAAGAAUAUGUAAAAUGCCUGGAAAAUCGAGUUGCAGUCUUGGAAAAUCAAAACAAAACUCUAAUAGAAGAGUUAAAAACUUUGAAGGAUCUUUAUUCCCACAAAAGUGUUUGAUUAAGAAAGAAAUAUUUUUGCAGACUUGCCUAAAAUUAGAUGGAUUUUUUUUUCUAGUGGAGUUUUAUAAAUUAAAAGGUCAAAAAUGAAGCUUUUUAUUUAGGCUUUUGCAACUCAAAUAUCUUAUGCAAGAGAUCUGGUGACAGAAGAUAAAGUAGAAAAUGACCUCAAGGAAGUUACUGGCACAACUGGAAACACUGUACAAAUUAAACCUACGCAAGAAGCAGGAAAUGAAUUUGCACCAAUUUGAAUUUUCUAAAUAACAAGAAUCCAAAAAUGGCAGAUAAGAUGAAAUUUGGUAAAUUGAUUUUUAAAAUAAAUCAGUUUACCCUGUAGGUUUGCAUUUCUUACUGUUUCCUAAAAUUUACCUUUUUCAGUUGUGUAUGUGUGUGUGUGCGCGUGUACGGUUUUUUCUGCCGAUAAAUUCUAAAUUACAAAUAUAAAAGAAAAGCUAAUACCAUAACUAAAUAUAUAAAUUAUGUGUUCUGAUUAUGUAUACUUGUUCUAUUGUCAAAUCUUUUAAAUGGUUUUUUUAAAGUUUGUUUUUUGGACUUGAGAGGGGUUUUGAGACAUGGAGUCACUAUUUUUAGGCUUUGUCCUAAAAGGCAUAUAAGGUACAUGAAUGGAGUGUGGUGAUUUUGUAACAUUUUUUUAUCCGAAUGGAAAGAGAACUUCUGUUUAAAAGUUUGAUACUUUUAAAUAGCUUGUUUUUUGGUUACUCUGGGAAUGGAGAUUUUCUACGAAUAUAUAAUAAAUUGUUUUUUGAUUCUAUAUUCUGUAUGCAGUUCAAUAUACAUUACUUAUUCUGUUGUGCUUUAAUAGAAUGGAAUGUUUACAGGCCCUUGAGAUGAUAUUAGAGUAUUUUUUAAAAACCUUCUGAAGAUGCAUACCAAAGUUUUCCAAGAGGAUUUUAUAAUCAAUUUAAUGUAAGGUUUAUCAGAUUCUAAAAUAGUAUGGUUAUUAAGGCAAUUUUAUGUUAGAGUCUAUUUUGUAAUGUAGUGAAUGGUACAUUUCUAAGAAAAGUGACUGCCAAUAUAUUUUUAUAGCUAAUCUUUAUAAAUUCUAAAGUUGAGUUUUUAAUGAUUAUUUUAAAUGUUUAUAUAGUUUGUUUAGUAAAAAAAAAAUAUUUUGCAUCUCAAAGUAUCAUUUUUAUAUUAUGAGAAAGUUUCCAGAUUGGCUAAUAUUUGAAUUGCAAGUUUUGUAUACAGUUUAUCCAAAGCUCAAGAAUGCCCAUCAGUACACCAGUGUUUAACCUCUGUAUUCCAGUUUGUAUACACUUUGAAAUUGUACUGCAAAAUUAUUGUGCGCUUCUUACACAAUAUGUAUCAUAUUGUUGUCUGUGAAAUUAAAGGAUAUUUGAUAAAAUUAAGUUUGCUGAAUGUAAAAUAUAUCACUUGAUAUGUGGA